CACAUUGCCAUAUUUUACUACAUCACAACACAAACCAAACUAGCAUGGCAUCAAAACUACUACUAACCCUUUCUCUGCUACUCCUAACUCUCAUCCUUCACACGUUUGGCACCACCGCACUUGCCAAACGAACCAACCCAAACCCACCCCCAAACCAAAACCCAACAACAACAGAAUUCAUCAAGUCCUCAUGCAAGGCCACGCGCUACCCCGCCGCGUGCGUUCAAACCCUCUCGGGCUAUGCCAGCGCGAUUCGCCAGAGCGAGCAGCAACUCGCUGUCACGGCCCUCUCCGUGAGCGUGUCCAAGACGCGCUCAUGCGCGUCGUUUGUGAAGGGAAUGAAGCCCAGAGAGUACAACGCAUUGCGUGACUGCGUAGAGAACAUGAACGACAGCGUGGACCGUCUCAACCAAUCGGUGAAGGAGCUCGGGCUCGUGGGUAUGGGUAUGGGUAUGGGUAAGGCCAAGGGUAAGGGUAAGGCAAAGGACUUCGCGUGGCACGUGAGUAAUGUUCAGACUUGGGUUAGCGCUGCCAUCACUGAUCAGGACACGUGUCUCGAUGGGCUUGAUGGGCCCCACGUGGACGCCAACUUGCGGGCUUCCGUUAGGCCCAGGGUUGUGUAUGCUUCUCAGGUCACUAGUAAUGCUCUUGCGUUGGUUAAUCACUUUGCCUCCAAGUAUCGUUCUGCUUAGUGCAUAUUUUGUUUACACUUAGAAAUAUUGCACAAGUUGCAAUGCACGUUUUAAUGCAAAUUCAAUAAGUUGUCACUCGUAAUUAUGUGCCGUUAAUGGUUUAAUUUGUUCAAUUGUAUCCUCGUGGUUAUAGAAGCAGAUUCACUCUGUUUUUUAUUUA